CAAUCUAUUCAACAAAUUAUAUUACUAUUCAAUAAAUAAGUAAUAAAAAGAGCAAUAAUACCAAAUGUCUGAAGAAGAUCGAGAUUCCAGAGAGAUUGUCACAUCAUAUGAUGAAAUAUUAGAAAUUACAGGAUUGUUAACAAUGCGUAGCAAUUCCACACCAGGUAUCAAUGAAGAAAAGAAGAAUUCUGAUCCCGAUAGUAAUGAUCAUUAUACUACUACUAAUAAUAAUGAUAACAAUAAUAAUAAUAAUAAUAAUACGGAUGUUAUAUUACAAAUAUCAAGUUGUACACAAUUACCACUUAGUUCUAGUUUAAAUUCAUUGAUUGAAGAAUCAAACGAUCCAAAUUGUCGAACAAUUUCAAUUGCCAAGACUAAAAAUAAUAAUGUUGGAUUUACAUUUAAAGAAAUAAAACAGGGAUUAUUUGUUUCACAUGUAGACGAACGAUCUUCUGCAAAAUUGAAUAAAGUACGUUUUGGUGACAAGAUUCAAUGUAUUAAUGAUGUAGAAGUGACAUCUUAUACUCAAGCUAUACAACUUAUUGAAGAAACACAUCCAACUGUAAAUUUCUCUUUUCUUGACUGUCCUUAUAGGCAAAUGAAAACAAUUUAUAAAAUUCAUGGUAAAUGUGGUCUAUUCAUCAAUGAUGGCAUGAUUUUACAACGUACAAAAUAUUUUAAUGAAAAAAGUGAUAAAAUUCCAUUGAAUUAUUAUAUUACUGAAAUUGAUAAUCAUAGUACUAUUGGUUUAUUAGAUGAAAAAAUUGUUACAUUAGUGGAAAAUGCUAAAUCACCGUUCAGUUUACAUAUUGUACCUCAAUGGUUUUAUGAAUAUCUUGUUUAUGGAUUGGAUCCAUCAGGAAAUGAAGUCAAUAAAGGCAAACAUACACUUUUUAGCUGUUUUCGUAAGUGA